AGGAGCUGUUCCUCGGCACCCUGCGCAAGGAAGAAGUUUUUCCUUACCCAGAAAUUAGCAAUGAAGAGCUGGCAGAGAUCAACCAGUUUGUGGGACCUGUCGAAAAAUUUUUCAAUGAAGAAGUGGACUCGAAGAAAAUCGAUCAAGAGGCAAAAAUCCCACCAGAAACCCUCCAAGGACUGAAGGACUUGGGGCUAUUUGGCAUGCAGAUUCCAGAGGAAUACGGUGGGCUGGGUCUGUCAAACACCAUGUACGCACGGCUGGGGGAAAUCACAUCCCUGGAUGGCUCCAUUGCUGUCACCCUGGCAGCUCACCAGGCCAUUGGCCUCAAGGGGAUCCUCAUUGCUGGCACUGAGGAGCAGAAGGCCAAGUACCUGCCCCGCCUGGCAUCAGGGGAACACAUUGCUGCCUUCUGCCUCACCGAGCCUGGCAGUGGAAGUGAUGCUGCAUCCAUCCAGACAAGAGCAACCCUGAGUGAAGAUGGAAAAUACUUCCUGUUAAAUGGCUCCAAGGUCUGGAUCUCCAAUGGUGGCCUUGCAAGUAUUUUCACAGUGUUUGCCAGGACAGAGGUUGUGGAUAAGGACGGGCAGGUGAAGGAUAAAAUCACUGCUUUCAUCGUGGAGCGGGACUUUGGGGGUGUCACCCACGGGAAGCCYGAGGAUAAAUUAGGCAUUCGAGGCUCCAACACCUGUGAAGUCCAUUUUGAAAACACCAAAGUGCCUAUAGAAAAUGUAAUUGGAGAAGUUGGAGGGGGAUUUAAGGUUGCCAUGAAUAUCCUCAACAGUGGAAGAUUCAGCAUGGGCAGUGCAUCUGCUGGAAUGAUUAAAAAAUUGAUAGAAAUGACGUCGGAGUAUGCUUGUAACAGGAAACAAUUCAAUAAGAAGCUCAGCCAAUUUGGAUUAAUUCAGGAGAAGUUCUGUCUGAUGGCAGUGAAAGCCUACGUGAUGGAGAGCAUGGCUUACCUGACUGCAGGGAUGAUGGACAGGCCAGGCUUCCCUGACUGCUCUGUGGAGGCUGCCAUGGUCAAGGUGUUCAGCUCRGAAGGUGCCUGGGCGUGUGUGAGUGAGGCACUGCAGAUCCUUGGAGGCCUGGGCUACAUGAAGGAUUAUCCCUACGAGCGCUACCUCAGGGACACCAGGAUACUGCUCAUCUUCGAGGGAACCAAUGAAAUCCUGAGAAUGUACAUUGCACUGACAGGAAUGCAGCAUGCAGGCCGGAUCUUAACUGACAAACUUAAAGCAAUCAAGAAAGGAAACGUGGGAGUGGCCCUGGGGGAGUUCCUGACCAGGUUACAGGACACCAUGGGCAGGAAGGUGGAUUUUGGGCUUGUAGGUAACGCUGGGGUGGUGCAUCCCAGCCUYCAGGAGAGUGCUAAGAAACUUGAGGAAAACAUUUAUUAUUUUGGAACUACGGUCAGGGGCCUGCUAAGUAGGUUUGGCAAGACAAUAGUGGAGGAGCAGCUGGUGCUGAAGAGAGUGGCAGAUGUGGUGAUCAAUUUGUAUGCGAUGACUGCAGCCAUCUCCCGGGCGAGCCGCUCCAUCAGCAUCGGGCUCAGGAACCACGAUCACGAGGUGCUUCUUACAAAUAUCUUCUGCACAGAAGCCUAUUUCAAGAAUAAUUAUGCCAUGACUCAAUUAGAAAAAUAUGCUGAUGAAAACCUGGAUGAUUCCAUUAAAAAAGCUGCCAAGCAGAUCCUGGAGAAGAGGGCCUACAUCUGCUCCCACCCCCUGGACAGGACCUUCUGAUCCCUCCCUGACAGCAGACACUGCUGAGUGGAAAUCAGGGAUAAAUUCGCUGCAGUUUGAAUGUUUGACGCCUUAAAACCAUCUUUCAUUUAAUGACUUUACUAAAUGUAACUGUAUAAAAGAAAACUUCUUUCUAACCACAACUUCAUAAAGAGGAUAAAUAAAGAGAUUUUAUCUAAAGCUUAAG